AUGUCAGCUCCUGAAGCUGCUGGUGGAGCCCCUUUAGGGACUUCCACAUCCCACCCCGACAACAUUGUGGACCACAUAGUCACGAUUGAGGCCGACGAUGAGGGAUACGGGGCGUCUUCGGUUGCAAAUCAAAGCUUGCAUUCCCCGACAGGGAGUGUGACUGAAUCUAUCCUCGAUUAUAGGAUAGAAAAUGGCAGAACGUACCACAAGUACAAGGACGGCAAUAUGCAACAUACCAUGUUUUUGCUCACUUUCAACGACAGGCUGGGAAAUGCACCUCCAAAUAACCCCGAGGCCAAAGUUGGCCGCGUCCUUGACGUUGGCGCUGGUACAGGAAUUUGGGCGAUCGAUUUCGCCGACGAGCACCCCGAAGCAGAAGUUCGCGGCAUCGACUUAUCUGUAGCAUUCCCGGAAUUUGUCCCGUCCAAUGUCAAAUUCGAGAUUGCGGAUUUAGAAGAACCUUGGACCUUUUCCAGGCCCUUCGACUACAUCCACAGCAGGAUGCUGAACUCGUCUAUUGGAAAUUGGACGGAAUAUGUUCAAGAAUGCUAUGACAAUCUUAGUCCCGGUGGCUAUUUGGAACUUAAUGAGAUCGACCUGAUGCCCCUCUCCGAUGAUGGUACCUUGAAGUCAGACCAUACCGUCCUAAACACAUGCCGCUUGAUUCAAGAGGCCAUGCAGAUCGUUGGUCGUCCAUACCAAGAUAUCAAGGAGCUCAAGUCUAUGAUGGCUGAUAUUGGGUUCGUCGAUAUUAUCUUACAGCAGUAUAAGUGGCCCACUAAUAGCUGGCCGAGGGAGAAGCGCCACAAGGAGCUGGGCGUUUGGAUGAACGAGAACAUUCAUGAAGGCUGGGAGUCCAUAUGCAUGGCUCCACUGACGAGAGUCAUGGGCUGGACAAAGAAGGAGGUGAUGGAGCUCAUCGCACAGAAUAGUAAGGAACAUGAUGACCGGAGCAUUCACGCAUAUUAUUCAAUCUGGUCCAUCUACGGCAAGAAGCCAGAGAAGACGGGUUUUGUAUAA